CUCCAACGUUGUCUGCUGCAACAACACACGUAAGUACGCACUCAACACACACACACAACGCUCAAACAGCAGCGGCCUCUCACACAACCAACCCCACACAGCAUUCUUCAUUUCGAGGCGAUUAAGUAACUCUGGCAUAUUCCGACAAACACAGCACCGAAGUAGAAAAUAUAGCGGAAACUCAGGACGUAUUAUGUACAGGCGAGCGGUUUUCUGGAUGACCACGGGAGAAUCAUAAACCUGAAUCUUGUGUGUGCUGAUUGAGUGUACAAGUGUAUUGUAUAAUCGAUGAUGUCAGUGUCGGGCGCGGUGGAUUAUGGGAAUGUACUGCAGAUGCGCGCUGGGCCCGCACUCACGGUCUCCACCGCUUCCAUGCUGCACCACCACCCGCUGCAGUCCGGGGCCGCCACGGCGCCCCUGCAGUUUGCCGCGUGGGAGACCCGCGAGUCCAGUCCGCUGAGUGAGGACGCCUCCGGCCAGCUCAAGGAUCCCAACAUGGAGCGGUAUGUAACGUUGAACUUUUCCACAUCGCCGCAUGACGACGAGUAUGGAUACGGGAAAAAGAAGACGGCGCCACGGGAUCCCAUGUCCCAUCGGAUUAUCGAGAAACGCCGGCGGGAUCGGAUGAACAACUGUCUGGCUGAUCUCAGCCGGUUGAUACCGUCGUCCUACCUGCGCAAGGUACGUGGUCGCGGGCGGAUUGAGAAGACGGAGAUUAUUGAAAUGGCCAUUAAGCAUAUCCGCUAUCUCCAAAGCAAGCUUCCAUCGCGAUUUCAAACGGAUGUGGAGCACGUGAGUCCCUCGGAAUCUCCGACGCCCGAGAGCAAAGACAACACCGGCAGCAGCACCAGUCGCAGCUACGCCGAAGGCUACAAGGACUGCUUCGUGGAGUUACUGCAGUUCCUGGUUGAUGUCGAAGGCUUCUUCGUCGGGGAGGGCCUGUGCAGCCGGCUCCUCAACCACACCCAGAACGCCCUCGACCGAAUGGGCCACGAUAUAGAUUUAAGGGAACACCUCCCACCGGACCUUCUGCAGCCGCUCACCAAAAGCCGUCGCGAUUCCUCCAUCGAGAGCGAAGCCCGUAUCGGGCACUUACAUCACCACCACCACCGCGGCAGCCAAAAACUGGAGGUCACCCCGCUUAUCAACGGCCACCGCCCGCGGGCGCUCUCCCAGUCGGACAUCCGCGGUAUCCGCAUUACCAGCGACUACGAUUCGGAGGCGGAGAUGCACGCUUCCGGCGGCAGCAACAGUCCUAACUCCUCCGGGAACAGCGGCAACUCGCAGAGCAAAGGUGGCGACGCGGAGUCGGCCGCCUCCAGCCAGCUGAAGGAGAUGCUGCAGAGCCCCUUCCACACGUGGGGCCGCAAUUACCGCCCGGUGGGCGGGCAGCAGGACGCCGCCGACGGGAAGACCGAGCCGGCCAGCUCUACCGCGGCCGUCCGCAGCGCCUCCCCGACGUCCACAUCCGCCAAAGACACCACCGACGCCAAAGAAGGAGCCCCGUACAGCUUCAAACGGACCAUCAAGGAGCGCUUCAAGGAGGAGCUGCGCCGCACCAGCGACCCCGAGAUCAAAGUGGAGGAGAGCCCGAUACUGUUGGGCAAACGGCGCCCUGAUUCCCGUUCCUCCGGAUCCAACGAGAGCAUCGACCGCGAAGGCUCCUUCGACUCCUUCCCUGCCGACUUCGUGGCCACCGCCCACAAGCGGCGGGCCUCCGGGUCGCCGGCCGUCACCUCCUCCUCGACGGUGCCCAUCUUCGCGCUGCAUUCCUCCGGGGCCUACUACGUCCCGUCGUCCCUGGCCACCCACCUCAUCGAGUUCGAGCCGGACGCCAAGGUCGGUCCGCAUUCCAUCUGCCACCCGGUGACCAUCAACGUCAACUUCUCGGUUACGGCCACCACCCACAGCGGUCCCAAGCCCACCUCCACCAGCACCCCCAACCUCCACCCGUCAUCGGCGGCCGCCGGACCCGUCCCGACCUUCCCGCGGCCCAUGUUUCUGACCCCCCAGCAGGCGGCGGCUUCCUUCCUGCAGACCCCGCUACCGUUCGUCCCCGGGAGCACCGUCGGCUCGCUGCCCUUCAUCUGCCAGGUCCCGGGCGCCGUGCAGCACAACGCCACGGUCAUCCAGUCGGCCACCUCCGGCGGGAACAUGGUGAUGCGGCGCGGCUCCCUGCCGGUGACCCCGGCCAGCCACCACAAGGAGCCAGUGCUGGCGCCCAUCCACUACGCGUUCCCCACCUCCCACAACCAUCCUCCGGGGCCGCCGCCCACGGGCGGGAACACCACCCGCACCUCGCCCCACAUCCUUAAUCUGUCGCAGCCGCAUUCGCGGUUGUAGCCACCACCCUUGCGAUGGUGACCUUAAACACGCGGGAAUGCAGCGGACGUGCGUAACGUCAAAAUGAGUGUCGGUGUAUAGUGUGUACAAUUCUGUGUGUAUUAUAGUUGAGUUUUUAAUUAACUAUCCGUGACAGUGCACAAUGUGUUUUUUUUCUUACACAAAACAAAACACUGGCUGUUGUGUUUCCUCGGUUCUCCUGUUUUUACUUUUUGAUUGAUUAUUGGUUUUUUUCUCUGUGUCCGGUCGCGUCCCUCUCCCUGUUGUGAAAUAUUACGGCAAACGUGGUUUUAAUCGUUUUGUUUUUGUAAUUUUUCUUUUUCCGGGAGGAUCCGCGGUUUUUUGAUUUUCUGUUUCCAGAGACCUUUCUCUCACUCUCGACGGAGACCGUCUUUUGUUUGUUUUAGCUGUCGCUGUACAGUGUCGUUUGCUCUAUUUAUUGCUUUUGGGGACUGUUUUUAUUUGUUUCUUCUAUGAGGAGAUUCUGUGGCAUAUAGUUUUCUUUCUUAUAUAAUUACGAGGUAUCUGUUAUCCAGAUAUUCUAUGAGAUGUAGCGGUUAAAAAUAAUGAUCACUAUCAGCGACGCCGGUG